AUGCCCGCCAGAACCGACCAAGUCAUUGACGCACUCGUGGUUGGUGCUGGGUUUGGUGGUAUCUACCAAACCUAUGCAUUGAAAAGGGAUGGAUAUAACGUUCGCUGUGUCGAGAGGGCUCCCACAGCCGGAGGAGUGUGGUACUGGAACCGGUACCCCGGUGCUAUGAGCGACACUGAAAGCUUUCUCUACCACUAUUCCUGGGACAAAGAAGCUCUCCAAACCUACCCUUGGCCCAAUCGCUACGUGACCCAGCCGGAGAUUCUGAAAUACCUCAACUUCGUCGUCGAUAAACAUGAGCUGCGCGAGCAUAUGCAAUUCAAUACUGCGAUGGAAACCGCUACAUGGAAUGAAGAGCGCAAAGUUUGA